AUGAAAGUAGGCAUUAUACCUUACCAGGCGGAAGAGCUCGUUCGUGGGAACGACAGUGGACCCGUACGACCUCGGUUCCCGUCAGUACAGAAGACUCAUGAGAUCGAGACUAAAGAUGACGGUGUCAAAGUAUUUGUCAAGCCAGAGGAUAUCCCGUUGAAUAGGAGAAAUUUCGUGUACAGGCCAUGUGCGCCCAAUCCGCAUUUCACUGAGUUGGGCUACUGUUGCUCUGAGUACCCUUUCAGAAACGCGGGAAUGAAUGUUAUGGACCGAUCUGACGGCAUCUCCCUGAUCAAGGAUGGGAACGACCUGGUCAGCGUUAACGAUUCUUUGGGCUGGAGAACUUCGAGGUGUGAUGCGUGUGUGAAAGACGGUGAAGCAUAUUGGGAAGUCGAAGUAAUCCGAGGUGGACUGUUGGAGCCUUUCCCGGAAGAUGCUUCGCUACAGAAGAGGAAAGAUGUGCUGAAUGCGAUUCCGCACCUCAGGAUUGGUAUCUCGAAGCGCGAGGCCUCACUGGAGGCUCCUGUGGGGUUCGAUUCCUAUGGGUAUGGGAUUAGAGAUCACACGCUGGAGUCGAUACAUGAGGGAAUCAUCACUCAGACUUUACCUCUGAAGUCCCUGAAACCCGGUGACAGGAUAGGUCUGCUACUAAGACUGCCAACGUUCGAGGAACAGAAACAACAGGCGGACGAAUAUAUACAAAGAAGGAUAGCCGCUUUGUCAAGCCAUAGUUCCAAACCCACAUCAUCAAACGAUUAUUGGGCUUCUGAAGACCCUGGGCCGAACAAAAAGAAGACGAAGAAGGCAUUCUCUAACGUAGAUUUUCAGAAGGCAUUGCUCGAAGAUAUCGACAAUAACAAUGUGAUACGGGACCACAUUGCAAUUAGAUAUAAGAACCAGCUAUUCUUCGAAGCCACUGACUAUGUGAAGACAACCAAACCUGAAUACCACUCCUCUGAUAAGAGAGAAAGAGAAGAAUAUUACCGCCUAGCGCACUCGCACCUCUCAGUGUAUCUAAACGGACAGCCAUUAGGCAGAGCAUUCGAAGACCUGAAGCCCUUCUUACCACCAUUCAGUGAGCUGCAAUACAAGGAAAAAUUCUUUUUCGACUACUGGAGACAUGGAAGUGCAUCUAAUAACGAUAAAGGUGUCUUGGAUUCAACGCAAAAGAAAGGUCUCCUGCUGAGAAAUAAAUACGUCAACAACAACAAGCUCGGUUACUACCCUACAAUAAGCUGUUUUAACGGAGGCACCGCUAGGAUAAUAACCCAGCGGUCCGAACUCAAAUUCCUCGAUGAGAUUCUCAAAGCGCAUCCUCGACCUAACGAUGUCAGAGUGCUAGAGACCCUGUAUCAAGAGCAAAUAGCCGAGGAUAUCGUGUGGGACAUAGUUGAUGAAGUCGAGGAAGAGAUCAAUGCUAAACUGCUUAAAGUGUAG